UUUGAUUGGUUACGCAGCCUCUAACGUAAUGACGGAGGACGUCACCUCACCUCGUCACUACACGUUGACGUCGGUCAGUUUGGAUGUUUGGCGCGAGGGGAGCAGGCUAGCACCAUGGCUAGGACGGGAUGCUAACAAGACGUUAUUUCAACAAUAAAAUUAGUGCUGAACCAACAUGUUAAACAGUGGCCAGUUUGUGGAGGCCGUGGGCCGUCUAGGUUAUCCUGGUGCAUCAUCACUGAAGGCCUCCGACUUCGACUGGUUGUUUGACUGUGCCCCUGAGAACCUUCACUUCUUGCGCUUUGUCUGUCGGACCCUCAACCAGAGCAAUGUUCUCACCACGGAGGAGGUGCAUGCUUUUCAGGAGCUACAGAAGUCCGGCAAGCCAUUUCUCGAUGAAUCAGCCUUGGGCGAGGUCCUUAAAACCACUGGACCUUCGGAUGGGAGCAGUGCUAACAUCUUAGGGCCCUCUUCUUCAUCUUCAUCCUCAGUGUUUGCAGCUGAGGGGGAUGUGGCCAUAGAGGACUUGGAGGCAGAGCUCCAGGCACUGCAUAAAGAGAAAGAGCUGAAGCAACGGCGGUAUAACCGGUUGCAGGUUGUGGCCACCUCCCGUGCGGAUGUUGACCUACGACUAACUUCAGAGCUGGAGAGCGCUGCAUGUAAGCUAAAGGAGGCCAGUGCUUCCAUUGGAGCUGAGAAUGCCGACACCAAUGCUCUAUUACAAAACCUAACAGAUGAGGUGAGAAAGCUUGCUUCAUAUCUCCCUGUUCAGCCAGAGGUUAAGCAAAAAGGAAAAGGAGAACCUAUGGCCCUAUCAAACCCUUCUAUCUCCAAAAGCCCCGCUGUCCUCCUCUCUCAGCUGCCUUUGGACCCCUACCUGCAUCAGGAGGAACUCAACACUAAAACACUGGCUGCCUUCACUCAGAAGCAUUUCUUCCAGGGCAUCUCUGACAUUGUUGAGACUUCUUGCUCUGAGCGCUUCCAAGUCCUUGACCUCAGUUCUUGUGAAGAUAGAGAGGACGAAGAGAAUGAGAGGGAGGAGAGAGUGGUGGAGCGCAGGAGGACAGAGAUGGCCAGACUUCAGUGGUCUCAUAUUGUGGCCCAGCACCAACUGAUGCAGGCCAUGGCAGAGGAAAAGAGUGUCAAGGCUGGACUGGACUGGCUCUCUGAGAAUUCCUCUCAUACCAAGCGCUCUUUCAUAUCUAUCUCUUCACUCUACCAGAGCAUCUCCAUGUCCUCCUCACUGCAUGUCCGUGAGGUUGUGUCCAGGAAGGAGCUGCAGGCAGUGGAGGCUGAGCUGGAGGCUCUGCUCAAUGGACCAGUACCCGCUGCCCUUAGAGAGUCAGCCAGGUUGCUUAAUGUGCCAGUAGUGAGGGGAGACCUGGCUCUGCAACUAGCCAGGCAGGACUACUACACCUCCAGACAGGAUCAGGUACGAGACUACCUACUCCGCCAGAAGGUGUCGUUUGACCUGGUGCUCCUGGGUCAGGAGAUGGAGUUGAGGAGGUGGAGGACGUGUCUUAAACAGCUGGGCGAAGUUGAUGGCAGACUGGUAAAGGAAGGUGAAGCGGCAGCCCUCAGAAUUGAGUCCCUGGCACACCCUGACCUGGCUAUCAACCCCAGGCCUAACCCUAUCAUCAGCUGCAAGGAUGCAGCCUUCAGCAGGCUGCUCCAGAUCCUUGACCACGAUUCAGCCCAUGGUCGAUCGGAGCCUUUUCGGACAUAUGAAGCAUUGGACCACGCUACUCGUGACCUCGCAGGCAACCUCCAGGUGACCCGAGAUGCUCUAGCUGGUGCUGGCCGUGAGCAGUACUACACAGCUGCUCGUCUUUAUGGAGACUGUGAGGUGCUCCACAGGGCAAUGUACACAGAGCUCCAGCAGCUGGUGUUAGGGCCGCAGGUACGUCCAACGGCAAUCACUGACCAGGAGCUGCUCUGUCCCAAUGCACAGGAGCUGACGGUGAAGCUUGUGGAAGCAGAGUCUCAGCUGCAGAGUUUGCAGCACUUAAUGCAAGAAAUAAUGGGGGUGGUUAAAGCCAAGCGUUUUCAGCUUGAGCGCAAUGCCCUCCUUAGGCGGGAGAGGGAAUUGUACAUCUACUUCCACUUGGAUGCCCGGCUGCUGCAGAAAGUAGUGGAAGAUCUGGAGGGCAAAAUGGCUGCGAAGAGAGGGCAGCAGUAGUCUGCGAGAAUGAAUGAGGAGCGCUUAUAGCCAGCACAACCUCAAUGUGCAGUUUCUGUACUAAGGGAGUUAUAUAGCUUGAAGAUAUCUGAUGUGAACACUGUGCUUUCAGUGGAGGAGGCUUACUAAGUAAGCCCUGCUCUGGUACAGUGUGUACAAGUAUGAACCGACUCAAAAUCUGCACCUUCACUUGGUUUGUGUAGGAAAUGGAGCUCAAUCCUUUGAGUCUUCAUCUUUGGGACAUCACUCAACUUGGGAAAACAGUUUGGUUGUAUAUGAGCAGUGAUGAUUGGGAUUCAUUUGAGUGUGUUUAUUUCAGACUAUUUUUACAUAAACUAAUCAAAUAAUUACAUUUUUUGUCUUGUGAUGUUCUAAAAAUGUCCUUGUUUCCUUUUUCUUGAUAAAUAAAGUAACAUGUUAUCUUUAA